UUUAAGUAAUGGUUCGUGUAAGAACUACGGUACCCUGCGGCAACGCAUGCGCAGAAGUAGCUAUAAAACUUCAGUAAAAUCCUGCCCUCUGAUUGGCUAAAAUACAUCUUCGGGUGUUUUUCGUAUCUUAUCCAUUGAUUGACAAACAUUUAAAUUAAGAAUAAAACAAAGGUUGCAUUGUUACAACUUAUCCCCGAGUUUUGUCCGAAUCGUAUGUUCGGAAGUUAGAUUUCCGACCUAGCGCUCACGUCGCCAUUUUGAAUUCUACAUGCUUCCUCCUCGAUAUAUUAAGACAAGUCUCUCGCUAUUCAUUAUCUCUUCGAAAAUAGUUUGAAAAUCUAUUAUAUAUACUUUAAAGAAACGCUUCUGAGUUCUGUUUGCUUGCAAACUUUGUCCGAGAAGUUAGAAAAGCUUGUCAUGGUGUUCAAAAGGCAGGCAUGUUGCUGCCCAAACCACGAGGCUUGGUGUGGCAGUAAGCCUUCAGAUGUGGAACAGAGGUCCCUGAGAAAGGCGAACAGAGUAGAGAAAGUUUUCUUGGAGCUAGAUGACAACGGCAAAAAGGGCUGGUCUAGAAGCAUUUGUAUGUACUGUCGACAGCGAGUCGAUUUGGAGCUUGGAAACAAACGCAUGAAAACUUCACACGAGAGCUGUAGAGAUGAAACUGCCUCAAGUUCCAGCGUGUUUUUCCAACCGGAAACCUCUGAGACCAGCGCCGCCGCUGAAGCCGCGUUAGAACCAUUCCAGGACAUUGAGGAAACCUCUGCACUAGGGCAAAUUUUGCCGUCAUCAGUUGAUGCUGUACGACUCAUGAAAGCAUCAACUAAACUAAGGGACAUAGAACUAAAGGACAUAAAACGAUGCAUUGAAGUAGAAGAUACGGCGUUUGGUGAAGCGAAGAUAUUUUUUUAGAAAAUUGUAAAAUAUAAAUAUCAGCAAUAACCCGCAAUUGUCAGUAAGAGCAGUGGAAUGCUUAUGCGGAUGCAAAAAGCUGAAAGAAAUAGUGAAUAUAAAUGCAGCCCGUCUGGAGCCAGAAGAAUUACAAUUUCUUCGCAGAAAUUUUCCGUGAGUCCUCAUGGCCUACUAUGUAUCGAAGACGGAGACCCCGAUUAUAAGCUGGACACUCUCGAAUUCAUCAAUGAGCUUAUGGAACAAACCUUGCUUGCGGCUUGUUUUAAGAAAAUAUUGUGCGUUCUGUCUGUGUCGAUAAAAUAAUAAUUAGAGGACUGCUACUACUGUGAAUUCCAGUAAACUUUAUUGCUGUGGCUUGUAUGCGAUAAUAGUUGUAUUGAGGAUCGAAUAAAGCAAAAUUGGUAACUUUA